AGCUGGACGUGGUGAAUCCAGCUAAGCAGCUAAUUUGGAAAAAGGCCGAGAGAGAAAACCGCAACAGAAUCGUUCUUUUUCCUUGAGCUAGAAGCCUUUUAAGUACUAAGACUUGCAUUCUCCAUUUAGAAUUUGAGACCUCUUUUUGUUGAUUCUGAUUGAAGCGAUAAAAGUUUGGGUUUUUUGAGGGUUUAUCAGGUAUCAAAAAGAAUGGGUAGGCUAAUGAGGAAUUUCAUACAAUCGAUAUUGAAGUUGCUGAAUUCUUUGAUAGGGAUGGUUGGUUUGGGAAUGAUAUUAUAUGGUGUUUGGCUUAUUAGGGUUUGGCAGAGGGAAAUGGGUGACCUCCCCUUUGAAGAUUCUGAUCAUCUUGCUCCCUGGUUCAUUUAUACUUUUCUUGGCGUUGGGGUCACUUUAUGUGUGAUUACAUGCUUAGGUCAUGUUGCUGCAGAAACUGCAAAUGGUUGUUGCCUUUAUCUAUAUAUGUUGUUUGUCUUCUUGCUCUUUAUGCUGGAGGCUGGGGUUACUGCUGAUGUAUUUUUAAACCGUGACUGGGAACAGGACUUUCCGAAGGAUCCAACAGGGAGUUUCAACCAGUUCAAAGAUUUCAUCAGGUCAAACUUUGAGAUGUGCAAAUGGAUAGGCUUGUCAAUUGUGUCUGUUCAGGGAUUGUCUUUCUUGCUAGCAUUGUUACUCAAAGCUCUAGGACCACAUCAGUAUUAUGACAGUGAUGAUGAAUAUGCACCAGACAGGGUUCCACUCCUAAACAAUGCUGUUAUCCCACCUCCUUAUGUUGUUGGUAACCCUGUUGUUGGAUCCAAAAGCGAUUCAUGGAGUGUAAGGAUUAAUGAAAAGGUGAAUCAAGCAAACAGGUGAAAUGAUUUGCCCAAGGCCAGAACCAAAAACUUGAAAGCAUAGAAAUUGAAUAAACAUGGAAGGUUGGAAAUGGAACUUUUGUGCUGUUGGUUGAUCUGGCAGUCAGUUGUACAUGUGUGCCUAGUAGUAUUUGUACUCAAACCUUAUCCCUCUUGUCAUAUAAUGAUUUCUUUUUCUUUUUCUUUUUUAAUUGAAUUCUACUCGAUCCUUAGUUGGUAUAUGAUUCAGAAGUUGUAAGAAAUGCAAAGAGAAGAUGUAUGACAUGUAAAUUAAUCUUAGCGAGUCACAAUUUUCUGCUAUUCA